UUCAGAUUUGAAAAGGAGAGAUGGUCUCUGUCCGUUGACACCUGAAGAAACUGCCCUAACUUUAAGGGCAUUGGACAUUGAUCCCAGCAUACAAGUUUACAUUGCCGCUGGAGAGAUAUAUGGCGGAAAAAGGAGAAUGGCUAGUCUUACAGCAGCUUAUCCUAAUCUGGUGAGGAAGGAGACACUACUUGAACCUUCUGACCUUAUGUUCUUUCAAAACCACUCUUCUCAAAUGGCUGCAUUGGACUAUCUUGUUUCAUUGGAGAGUGAUAUCUUUGUUCCUACAUAUGAUGGAAACAUGGCCAAAGUUGUUGAAGGACAUCGCAGAUAUCUUGGGUAUAGGAAAACGAUCUUGUUGGAUAGAAAGCUUCUAGUGGAUUUGAUAGACCAACAUAAUGCUGGAUCAUUGACAUGGGAUGAGUUUUCUAACUCAGUUAAGGAAGCUCAUGCUGAACGUAUGGGCAACCCUACCAAGAGGUUGGUUAUUCCAGACCGACCGAAAGAAGAAGAUUAUUUCUACUCAAACCCAUGGGAGUGUCUAGAACCAUCUAAUGAGGAUGAAACGCUAAGUAGCAGCAUUUAAAUCAAGGUGGUGGUUACAUUUGGCGAGAAAAAGAAAACAACCAUGCAGUUGUGUGAUAGAUCUAGAGAAAAUAGUUCUCUCAACACCUUGAGACAACAGUGAGAAAGCAGGGUUUUGCUUUGAAGCAGCUCUUGAAGUUUAGUGGGAGGUGCACUUCGACGGGCUGAGAUGACUCGAGAGCAUGCUGGAGAGUACAUUGAAAAGUUUUUUACAUAAAUUAAUAAUCAAAUUUCCUGUAUAGAAGCUUCCCUGCCAUUGCAGGGUUACAUCAACUCUACGGCAGUGUACACAGAGGGGUGAAAUAUAGAAUUUCUUUUACUUGGCAGUACGGACCCAACAAUUUUAAGAUUCCAUCAUGGAAAAUUUUAUUUUGUGUCUCAUACAAUUGACACUAGUUGUAUGAGGCAUCUUUUUUA